UCCCGAGAGUGUGUCUGGGUCUGUCUCAGUGCGGAACGCGGCCCGGGACGAGCGCUGGGGAUUCUCGCCUGAGGCGUCACCAUUGUCACGACCACCACCCACGGAGCCACUUCCAGAGGGGAGUAGACCCGGCCUUUCGCCGGGCUGAGAAGAUGUUGCCCCUGUCCAUCAAGGACGAUGAAUACAAACCACCCAAGUUCAAUCUGUUCGGCAAGAUCUCGGGCUGGUUUAGGUCUAUCCUGUCGGACAAGACGUCCCGGAACCUGUUUUUCUUCUUGUGCCUGAACCUCUCUUUCGCUUUUGUGGAACUACUCUACGGCAUUUGGAGCAACUGCUUAGGCUUGAUUUCCGACUCUUUUCACAUGUUUUUCGAUAGCACUGCCAUUUUGGCUGGAUUGGCAGCAUCUGUUAUUUCAAAAUGGAGAGAUAAUGAUGCUUUCUCUUAUGGGUAUGUAAGAGCGGAAGUUCUGGCUGGCUUUGUCAAUGGCCUAUUUUUGAUCUUCACUGCUUUUUUUAUUUUCUCAGAAGGAGUUGAGAGAGCAUUAGCCCCUCCAGAUGUACACCAUGAGAGACUGCUUCUUGUUUCAGUGCUUGGGUUUGUGGUAAACCUAGUAGGAAUAUUUGUGUUCAAGCAUGGAGGUCAUGGACAUUCUCAUGGCUCUGGACAUGGGCACAGUCAUUCCCUCUUCAAUGGUGCUCUGGAUCAGGCACAUGGCCAUGGAGACCAUGGUCACAGUCACGAACUGAAACAUGGUGCUGCUCACAGCCAUGAUCAUGCUCACGGGCAUGGACACUUCCAUUCACAUGAUGGUCCCUCCCUAAAAGAAACAACAGGACCCAGCAGACAGAUUUUACAAGGUGUAUUUUUACACAUCCUAGCAGAUACACUUGGAAGCAUUGGGGUAAUUGCCUCUGCCAUCAUGAUGCAAAAUUUUGGUUUGAUGAUAGCAGAUCCAAUUUGUUCAAUCCUGAUAGCCAUACUCAUAGUAAUAAGUGUUAUUCCUCUUUUAAGAGAGUCUGUUGGAAUAUUAAUGCAAAGAACUCCUCCCCUGUUGGAAAAUAAUCUACCUCAGUGCUAUCAGAGGGUGCAGCAGUUGCAAGGAGUUUAUAAUUUACAAGAACAACACUUCUGGACCUUAUGUUCUGAUGUUUAUGUUGGGACCUUGAAGCUAGUGGUAGCACCUGAUGCUGAUGCGAGAUGGAUUUUAAGCCAAACACACAAUAUUUUUACUCAGGCUGGAGUGAGACAGCUUUAUGUACAGAUUGACUUCGCAGCCAUGUAACGAAUAAAGAGAAAUUAUGCUUUUGGGGGGACCUAAUUUUUCUGGUACUGUACAAUUCCAAACAUUGUACCCAGCUUUUUUAAACAGAGAAAUGAUCACUAUGACUCCCUAGCGCCCAGUAGCCCAGGUAGAGUCACUGCUUACACUCUGCCAGGCGCGCACAGCGAAGGGAUCAGAAUUAACAGGAUCUUUCCUGGACUUUCAGUCUUGUCUUUCAUGAUCUUCCCUUCAAAGACUUUUCAUUUCUGAGGUUUUAUUCAGAGUGUGUGUUUUCCUUUGUUUCAUUUCAAAUGUGCCCUCACUCCCAUUCCUCAUCCUAGCCAGUAAAAAAUUCAGAUUGUAGGUUGCCGAUCACCUAGAAUGUCUUCACUGAAGCUACUGGAAACCACUGCUUUCAUUCCCACAAAACCAGUGUUAUUUGAAGAAAAAAAAAGAGAAACAGAAAUCUGUUUUAUAUGUAAUGUCACGGUUUGUUGACGUUCUUCACUACAAUCAUAUGUUUGUAAAAUUGUUUGUACCUUGCAAACUUAUGAACCAAACCAUAUUGGGUUUUCAAAGUGCCUUUGUAUCAGAAAGUGUAUGUGCCAGCAGAGAAUUGUACCAUCGGAGGUCAUAUGUGGUUUUUUUUUAAAAUGGAUAUCCUGUAAUCUGUAAAAAAUAAGACUCUUCUUAGUAUUAUAUACAAAU